CUCUCUACCUCUCUUGCUCCCUCCCUACUACACAGUGAUUCGGUGUACAGUACCCUCUGUCAUUCUGUGCUGGCAUGGUGCUUGUGCAACUGGGACUGCAUUUUUUGCUGAAGAGGCACAAAGAUAAUAGCGCAGGCAGCUCUCUUCUUUCUGUCUUUCCCACUCUUUCCAUCCCCUCUUCUGUCUCUGAAGCACUGUGGUGAGCAGGCCCAAACUCCUCUUACAUACAGUGUCGGGUCACCUCUCCUCCAGUUUAGGAUAGGAUAGGAUCAGCAACCAUAGAUCAAAAAUAAUGGUGUAGUUGUUUUUCCACCCAUGUAUUGAACAUUGAUGUAUAACUAACAGCCAUGUUAAUGAUACAAAAUUUAUGUAUCAUUAAGAUCUUAUAAAAACAGCCAUAUUUUUCCUCAGUAAAAGCAAUAUUUAAAAACAUUGACAUGACUAUUUUACAGCAUAAGUAAAUUAGAUAUUUUAAUCAUGAAUAAACAAGUAAUGUCUUAAUAUAUUAAAACAAUAUAAAAACUGAAAAUAAUAGCUUGCUAAGACACAUUCUAAAUAUUAAACCUUUUCAUGCAUUGGCUUUUCUGGUGGACCUAAAUUAGAUGAGACUGAGUAUUCAGUGCACUUUAACAGUUGUCUUGUUGAAUUUUGUGUUUUUAAGAGAAAAUUCAGUCAUCCAUGCUAAUCGUGACAAUAUCUUUAUAUGUCCUGCUUGAAAAGAAAAACACCAUUUACAUAGCACCCUGAAAAUGUGUUUUCCAUUGCUAGAAUCAACUGAACCAAGAACAUUCAAAAUGAAUAUAUCCCGGUUGAGUUCUAUGUAUGAUGCACUUUGUGUGUAGGUGGUGGAGAGGGAGAAAAGAAAGGGAGAGAGGUGGCCUGCUCACCUGGCUUGAGUGGCUCUUUUACUCCUGCGCUAUUAUUUGUGGAGGGGCACUGAGGGCCGAGCUGCAGCAUCACACAGUUCUUCACACAUCUGUGGAAAAAUGGCCACAUCAGAGGUGCUGUCAGCUGUCACUUAGUCACCAAUAAUAAUAAUAAUAACAAUACUUGCACACCUGACAUAUUCUCUUUGGAAAGUGCAUGCCCAAAGAAAAAGGUGGCAGACUUUUUAUCCACAGGCAAGUAACCAUGAAAGUUUGCCACCAAUUAAAACUGUUAACACUGAAGAUCAUUUUAGAGGAUUUGGUGACACCUGUCAUAACAUCAGGAGCGUUUUCAUUAUACACAUGACACAAUUCCUGUCUGAAAGGCAAAAUGUACUAACAAGCCAAAUGCCUCACAGCAUCUGCCAAAAUUAUUAGCCUCAAAAUAGACCCGUAGACAAGUUUUAAGUACAUUUCAAGUAAAAUGUUACAUGAAUUGUUAAAACACAUAGACUAACAUGCAGUAUGUAACAAUGUUUUUAGGUACACAGGUCUGCCCCUGCUUCCGUAGUGCAACCCUCUAAGGUGUUAGGAUUUCUGGAAGUUGUCCACAAGUGUUACAUCUGAGAACUGUUGGUGAAUGCUUCGGCCCAGCUUCUCGGAGCCCCUCCCCAGCCACUUAUUGUGUGUGAUUUAUAGGCAGCUAGAGGUCUGUGGUACUUUUAUUGGGAUCUUUUUUCUUCUGUCUUUCCCCUUUAGUCUUUGCUCUUUCUCUCUAACAUUGUUUUUGCAUUGCAUGUGUUAACUUGGUAGCAUUCAGUACUAUUUUUCUCUCAACACACUGUCCUAAUCACUACUACAAUUUUCCUCCUAGACUCAUUCCUCCCACGUCUCCCCUUCCAGUCCCUCCAACCUCCCCUCCUCCCCUUACCUGACACUGUCCCAGAGCGAUAUGCAGCGGGUUGCCUCAGAGCCACAGACACCACACAUAUGCCCCAGAAAUCUAAGAAACACAUGUUUACAGGCCACAGGAAGAUUGAUUUUCUUGGCAACAACUUUGCUGCGUAUUUCUUUUUGUCUUGUACUCAUUACUAAUUAGCCCAUUAGGACUUUGGUUACAUUAAGUGGAACAGAACAGAAAUGGGAUAUUUAGUAUUAGUGUUUCAGCUGUUAAUGAAUUAUGAAGUGUGUAACCUUUUGCACUAUAGUCAGACAUUAUUUGACAUGGCUGUUUGUCACUGUUAACUGUUCGACAUCGAUCAUGUAUUACGUAUUAAAAUCCUGACCAUCAUUUUUUUACAACACUGCAUGCUCUUUAUGUAGCACCAGUCUAAGUGAACAACGGGGGUGAUGGGUUCAGGGUCAUUCAGGCCUCUGAAUGUUUUUUUAAAUCAACAAUGGAGUAAGAGUGGAGAUUUAAAAAAACAAACAAACUACCGACUACCUUACUUCAAAGUCAGUGGGAAUGUGAGUGUUCCUUUGUUUAAAGACAUUGGAGGCCCCUUCAAACUUUGGCCAUCCGUGUUUUUAAUGUAACUACACUUUGAUAAACUUCCAGUUGAUGAAUUGGGUCUUCAGAAUUAUGAGGUAAGUAUGUAUCUUUGAAUUAUUGUAUAUCUUUAAACAGUUAUAUUAAUUGGACUCUGCUUCUCUGUCAUUUGCCCCAUCAGUUAGUUAAUGAAAUCUUCAAUCCCCAUCAAGUUCAAUCAGACACGUACCUCCAUUCACUGAGAUGUAGGAGCCUUCUGUUUUAGUCGUUUGGCUCUUGGUGCACUGAGACAGUUGUUUCCAUUUAGUCACACCUGCAGUAGCUGAGACUGACCAGGAAUGUACAGAGCACCAAACAUGGGGAGCUGAAAGAGUUUAUGAGGAGCAACAGACAGCAGGCCCUGUCCACCAUCAGCACUUGCCAAAAGACAUUCCUCAGGGACACGAGAGAGGAUGAUGAGUAACUGCAGCAGCCCACUUUUUGCAGGACAGAUCCCUAAAGGCUGUCUCAGUUUUCUUUUCAGAUCGUGCAAAAUCUCAGAUGUUGAGAGCCGAUGUUGUUAUUGAGAGCUGUCAUCCAAGGAAAAUUACACAAGAUAUGUAAUUUGGGUUCAUUUAGUCGCUUCCGUGGAUUAAUAUGCCUGUUCCGUGUUACAUCCUCCUUGGCAGUCUAAACACACAAACACCCCCAUACUGCACACAUAUAAAUGGCUGAACAGACAGAAGCAAUACGAUUCCUAAAUACUCUGAGGUCUCGAGGUGGGGUCCCCUGCAUAUCACUUCCCUGACCCAUAUCUUUUGCCAUGCACUGUGCCAAUGACAGCACAGUGCACACUUUUGAAAACACCCCCUCUUGUAGAUCUCUUUUGUUUGGAUAACAUUUUCUACUUUUCUUUCUCCUGUAUUAACAGUCAGUUGGUGGAUUUAUUGACAUGCCUACCUUUUCUGUUUGUAUACAGUAUUAUGUUUGUUUAAAAGCAGAGUGAGAUUUGCAUUUUUAAGAACUAGAGAAGCUAGCAGAAUUGCAGUUGAAAGCGUUUGGCUGGUUUCUUACGUUGUGUCACGUGUGACUGUUUUUUUGACAGCCCAGUAUUUUAAAGCCAGGAUAACAUCGGGCACCGGCUGCUUCAGAAACAUGGCUGGAAGUUGGGGCAAGGCCUUGGCAAAACCAUGCAGGGACGCACCGACCCUGUGCCCAUCAUCCUCAAAUAUGAUGUCAUGGGAAUGGGACGGAUGGAGAUGGAGCUGGACUAUGCAGAGGAUGCCACAGAAAAGAGAAGAGUGCUCGAAGUGGAGAAGGAGGACACAGAAGAACUGCGGCAAAAAUACAAGGACCAGAUGGAAAAGGAGAAAGCUAUCGCAAAGGCUCUGGAAGACCUGAGAGCCAAUUUCUACUGUGAGCUAUGUGACAAACAAUACACCAAACACCAGGAAUUUGACAACCACAUUAACUCCUAUGACCACGCUCACAAGCAGAGGCUUAAAGAGCUGAAGCAGAGAGAGUUUGCUCGGAAUGUGUCAUCACGUUCCCGGAAAGGUGGAAAGAAGCAAGAAAAGAUGCUGCGCCGACUGCAUGAGCUGGCUGAGCAAAGGAAACAACAGGACCGUACUCCAGGAAGUGGGCCCAUGUUCAAAACUACCACAGUGGCUGUGGAUGGAGAGAAAGCAGAAGAGAGUGACAGCAUGACGCCUGAGAACACUCCUUUGUCAGACAGUGUCCGGGAAGAAUCACCAGCAGAUAAAACUGGGCAGUCCUCCCCAAAGCCAGGUCCAACAAUCAGCUUCUCUCUGGGGAAGAGCACCGCCUCCUCCCCAACCCCCAGUGGUGCAUCCAAAGUCAGUGUGUCCUUCUCUUUUGCCAAGAAAGCCCCAGUAAAGCUAGAGACAGCAGCAGCAGUGUUUGCUGAUCAUGGAGAGGAAGCUAUGGAGGAAGAGGAAAGCCAAGAGGGAGAAAAGGCUGGAGGGCAAGACGAGACAUCUGGCUGCAGCACAGACAGCCCUAAGGAAAGCUCAGGAGGAGGUGAAGGAGGUGAGGGCGUUAGUGUGGCAGGGGUGGAAGAGGUGCAGCAGCCUGAUGACGGAGCGUCUCUAGCCUCCACUCUCAACAAACUGAAGAUGAUGAUGAAAAAAGAGGAGGGAUAUGCUGGACAGGAGCCUCAGUAUUAUCACUAUGUACCUCCAGCUCACUGCCGAGUAAAGCCUCACUUCCAGUUUUUGCUGUUUAUGAAGGCCACUGAUCAGUGUCCAAGCAAAGAAGAGGAAGACGAGGAAGAGGGGGAAGAGGAGAAGAAGGUUGAUGAUGGUUCUGAACCAACAGAGCCCAACGUUACAGAGUGUAAGACUGAAAGAGAACAAGGUAAUAUAGCUUCAACCCCCGACCCAGAGCCAACUCCUCCAUCACCUAAAGUGAAGACAGAGGACGUGUCUUCAUGUGCAGCAGAUACAGCUACUGUGGAACCCACUUCCCCUACACAGAAAGCAGAGAGCACACAGGAUACCCUCGAUUCCAACUCGGGUCCUAAAAUCCCCACAGGACCCUUCUUCCCAGUUCUGAGCAAAGAUGAGAGCACUACCCUGCAGUGGCCCUCUGAGCUCCUUGAAUUUACAAAAGCUCAGCCUUCUCUGUCUUACAGCUGCAAUCCCCUCUACUUUGACUUCAAGCUGUCCCGCAACAAAGGAGCACGUGGUGGGAAAGCAGCAAAGUCCCCUAAACCUUGUGAAGAGUCUAAUGACAAGGGACAAGAGAUGGCUGUCUCAGUGGAAGUAGAUACAGCAACUAAACCUGGAACCAGCACUGACAAAGACAAGCCAAUGAUGAAGGGAGAGUCUGGCCCACCAGACGGUGAUGAGCAAAAGCCAGCAACUGGCAGCAGUAGUGCCAAGAAAAAAAAGAAAAAGAAGAAGCAUAAGAAGUCUGCAAAGCACUCAAAACGCAAAGAAAAAGAAAAAGGGGCAAAAGAAGAUGGGGAGGGAGAGACUGAGGUGACACAAGAUAAGCCCAAAAAGAAGAAAAAACACAAAAGGAAGAAGAGCAAAAACAAGGCUCCAGAUCAAGAUGAGGCAGCAGGUGAUGAAAAGGAAAAGGAAAAGGCAAAACCAAAGUCAGAAGAUAAGGCUGUUGCCUCCUCUGUUCAGCUGACAACUGGAGGAGGAGGAUCUACAGGAAAUACAGGAGUGGAACUGGGGAAGAGGAAACGCCCUACUAAGGAAGUGCCUUGCAAGUCUGGAGCAGAGGAAGGAGGAGCCGGUAAAGGCACCGACAAGGCCAACUCUUCAGAGGAUCACAGUGGCACCAAGCGACAAAAGACUGACUCAAGUGCAUCUCAAAGUGCCUCCUGCUCCACCUCAGCCCAAAAGAGUCCUGGUCCAGGUAGACCUCCCAGCAGCGAGAGUGAAGAAGAAGGGGGCUCUAAUACGCAGCGGUCACGUCAUCAUAGGUCAAGUCCACGGGAACAACGUCGCCACCAUAGUGAGGAAUCAAGGCGGUCCUGCAGUCGUUCUUCAAGACGAGGGGAAAGACGGGGCAGCAGUCGUCGACGCCAUCAUGGCCAAAACUCCCGUAGUCACUCUUACUCCAGCAGCUCUGAGCGCUCCUCAGCAGGCAGCAGCGCCUACAGCCACCGUAGCCGUAGCUACUCAGACAGCUACAGCGACUACAGCACAGAGGGUCGCAGACGGAGGCACUCCAAACGGUCAUCAGACUCUGAGUAUGAGCGCAGGGGAAGCCGAGGACACAGACGGUCCAGAAGACAUCAGUACUCCUCUUCCUCCUCAGAAGACUCACGCUCACGUUCACGCAGCUACAGCCGCAGGAAGAGGCACCGGCGGCACCAUAGGAGCAGCUCAAGAAGCUCUAGUAGCUGGAGCCGCAGCACCAGUGCAAGAUCCUGGAGGCGCAGCUACAGCCGUAGCCACAGCUCUGCCAGUCGCUCCUCCAGUUCCACCAAAGGCUCCCCUCGCCGACGAGGCCCCAGGGGUCGAGGGGACAGUGAGUCACACCGCAGAGACUUCAACCGCUCUUGCAUCUACCGCUCCCAGUCUCCACGUUCAUCUUCAUCGCGAGGCCUUAAUCGCAACACCCAUUCAUCCAGCUCGCAGGCUCUGAGGCCAGGGGGGUCCAGAGAUGCAGGGGAACAGAAAAACUCCCUUACUGCACGCCAGCUGCUAGAGAAGGUUCAGUCUAAAAAAAGCUCUGAUGAUUCUACCACAGGAACAAAAUCUGGCAUUAAGAUUAAGGACCCACCACAGGGCUACUUUGGCCCCAAACUACCCCCAACCCUGGGAAACAAAGCCAUGCUGCCCCUUUUUGGUAAGCUGCAGGCAGGGAAGAAACCAGUGAUUCCCCUGACGAGACCUGAUGAGGGUGAGAAAUCAGGAGCAGGGAAGGGAUCUGAGGCUGAGGCAGAGGUUAUCCUGGUAGAGCCUAUAAGGGAGUUCCCCCCUCCACCACCACCUCCAGCUCCACCGGUCAAGAAGGUUGAGGAGGCCCCACAGAGCACAGUGGUACAAGAGGAGACACCCCACCCGACUACAGAAGCCCAGGUGCACCAAGAACCCCGGCCGUUGUUUGAGCAGGAGCCUUCCAUGAUGAUGCCCCAGUACCAAGGAGAAUCAGGGCAGGACCCUUCGCAGAACCCCAUGAUGGAGUCCCUCAUGCCAGAAAUGCAGCAGCAGCAGCCCCCAAUGCAUGCCUACCCUGCUUACCCACCACCCAGCCUGGAGGAGGAUGGCAUGGAGGCAGAGGAGGAUGGACUGGCACCUUUGGAGAGUCAGCCCAUUACGUUCACACCAGAGGAGAUGGAAAAAUACAGCAAGCUGCAACAGGCUGCACAGCAGCACAUCCAGCAACAGCUUUUGGCCAAGCAGGUCAAGACAUUUCCCUCUGCUGCUGCGGCCGCAGCCGCCGCUGCAGCAGCUGCCAACUUGGCUCCAGCUCCACCUCCCCCAACCCUGCAGCAGAUCCACAUUCAGCAGCCCACAGUGUCUGUAGCCUCUGGCACAUCAAUCACCACAGUGCAGCACGCUAUCCUGCAACACCACGCUGCCACUGCUGCAGCCAUGGGCAUCCACCCAGGACACCCACACCACCCACACCAUGCACAUGCCCAGUUGGCCCAGGUACACCACAUUCCCCAGCACCACCUGACCCCCAUCUCCUUGUCUCCUCUGGGCCAUUCUCUUGGUCAUUCUCUGGGACACUCACUAGGACAUGCUGGACUGAUUCCUGCCCACCCAACAGCCUUUCUUUCUGGUCAGCCUAUACAUAUUAUCCCAGCUUCUGCACUUCACCACACCCCCUUAGCUCUCCACCAUGUACAUCCACAUACAGCCCUGUACCCCACACUUUUCACACCCAGGCACUCACAGGCUGCUGCAGCAGCAGCUCUCCAACUCCACCCACUGCUACACCCAAUCUUCUCAGGACAGGACCUCCAGCACCCACCUAACCAUGGCUCCUGAGUAAUGAUGCAAGUGAAGGACUGUAGCCACUGGAAGAAAGACUUAACCUAACCGGCUUGGUGUAGGGUUUAAGGAAGUCUUUGUGACAACGUGCAGUCAGUGAGACAGGAAGCGGUCAAUAAACCAUCAUUUUACUGGCCUACACAGUGCAGCAAGUUGUAGCCACAAAGUGGUGUUGCCUGUGUUGGGUUCAAAAUUGACACUAAUAUAUUAUUCUGGCUCAUUUGAGGGGUUUUCAUGUUUUUCCCUGAAUCUUUAGAUUUAAAGAUACUUCUGCAAGACAUUGGUUUAUAUUCCAGAUUGAGGUAUAUUAACAACCCCCAUUUGUUUUUGAAUUAUAAGUCAGAGAAACCACUGGAGGUGUUUUUUGUUUUCCACAUAAAAAUAUUAUUCUCACAGUUUUUGCUCAUCUUGGCAGCCAAAGAAAAGUAAUGGCUGAAGCUAUAAGCAGAAUCAUGGUAGGGGGCGUGAGGAGUUAGUGGUAUUGUUUGAUUCUAUAAUGUAACCUUCAGAACUGUUUCAUAAUUACUGAUACUCUGUUCAUGUUUUCAUAGGACUAUUUGCUCUCCAUUGGAUCCUAAGUCUCAAAUUAUUUGUAAUGCAGUAACCUGUACAUAUAUCAGUGUGUAAUGUGAAGAAUCCCACCAAUGAUGACCAUAUGAAAUUACAGCUAUGGUGUCCGAAUCUGUAUGACAUUGUCACAUAGGAAACUCCUCUCAAAGCGAGGGGAAAUGUGAUGUAGGGGUUUUAAAAUCCCUGAUGCUCUGAGGCAAAGUUCAUGUUCCCUGUGGUUAGGGUACACCUGAAUGAAUUGCACUGAAAUCUGUACAUCUAGAUGGUGCGUUUGCAUCAUGUAACAAUAAGAUUGUAGUAUACUGCAAUAAUUGUAUUUUUCUGUUUUUAAAUUAUUUUCCAAAAUGCUCUUCAAAAGAAGAACUGUGUUUUGCUUUUGUGUAAUUUUGUAAAUAAAACUGCUGUAGAUUAACCUAUUAACAUUCUAGAGGUUUGAGACUGGCAUUGGAAAAAGAGGAAUGUCUUGGUGGAUGGCAGGUAGACACGUGUAUGUAUUUUAUCAAGGUUGUUUCUAAAUUACCCCGGCUGGGAUGGCAAAGGAAUAGUGAUCUGUCAAACAGUAGCAACUCUGUAUUUUUUAAAACCUUAAUGUUUCAGCAAAUAAAAUCUUGAGUUCA